UUCUAUCCAAUAUCCCUUUCUCAAUCCCCAAACAGCUUACAGUCUCUUCAAACCUGGGCGGCCUGCCUAUCUCCCUAGAAAUGGCCAUGGGGCUCCGAAAGAUGUUAUUUGGAAACACAUUCCAUGUCUUCAGCUAUGAAUGGAAAAAAUCAUGUUUCAAGUUCCACGCUCCAUAUUCUGACCUAUCCUACGCUUUGGAGGCAGAAAAGGGAGGAGCAAGAGCAGUUCUGAUGGCUGUACAGGUGUAUAUCAUUAAAUACUGCUUGUUCGUAAGAAAUAGAGAGGAAAAUAUUCCCCUCCAAUGUUUAUGUGAAAUAAGCCAAACAGAACAAGAAAACGCACUUGCAGAAUCUCUGGGAGAUAUUCUGUGGACAGCAGGGGAAGGUCGAAAAGCCACUGUAUGUCUUGUCACCAGUGAUACUUACUUUACGCCCAAUAUAGACUACAAAGUAGAUAACUUGACUGAAAGACUCCAGCUGUUUGAAUUUUCUGGGAAAGAAGCGGCUCAGAAAUUUAUCUGUGAUCAUAUACGAUGUUUCAAAGAUGAAGGAAGCCACGGUGUGAUCUUAUUUCUAUAUAGCUUGCUUUGCUCUAGGACACUGGAAAGGCUCCAAAAAGAUCUAGAUUUCACAACAUCUCAUCUGUUACAACUCAGUCUUGGAAACUUCAUCUGUAGACAGGCAAUUCUCAACGUCAUUUUAACAGGCAGAGCAAGUCCACAUGUGUUUAAUGGGUUCCAGAAAUUUGACAGUGAAGAUGGAGUGCAAGAACUAUUGCAUGGAGUCCUGGCCCGCAGUGAUGUGGGCUAUUUACACUGGAACAAGGAGGAAGUGGAGCAUUACAGACCCCUCCAGGUUGGAAGCAUGCUGAAGACUCCUAAAUUACCCAUCUGGCUGUGCAACAUCAAUGGAACAUACAGUGUUCUUUUCAGCACAAACAGGCUGCUCUUAUCUGACUGGAAAAUGGAACACAUCUUUGAUCUUUACUUAUAUAAUGGGCAGCCAUCACAGAAAAAAACAGUACAUCUAACAGUAGACACUCAUUCUCAUCAUUGGGAAAAGAAUCACUGUGAAGAAAGUGAUCCAGAAAAGAGAUUUCCUUCUGUGGAGAUGGCAAUCAGAACUAAGUGGGAGGGAGCAGCCAUCAACUGGAAUGGGGCUGUCCCAUUCUUCUGAAGAACGAAACUGCACAAAUGUGGCAUCCACUACCCUGUGACUGGCUCUGUAAAGUACUGAAGGCCACUGAGAAAAAGAAUGCUUUGUUACCAUUAGAACAAUCUUUGAUAUCUUAACAGGACCCAGCUUAGACUAGUAUUAUGUCUACAAUGAAUCACUUUGCAUUUAGUUAUAAAUUAUCAUUUAUCAUAGAAUAUCAGGGUUGGAAGGGACCUCAGGAGGUCAUCUAGUCCAACCCCCUGCUCAAACCAGGACUAGU